AUGGCUUCUUUCUCUGUUAAGUUUCUGGCACCAAAUUUCAGUCCUUUUUCAUCAUCAUCAUCAUCAUCUAAGAUCACUAGUAGUACUACUAGGCUACAUGCAACUCCAGCUCAAACAGUUGCACCACCAGCUGGAGGAGAAGCAUCAUCAGCUGAGAUUGAUCCUCAGAGGUUAGAGCCAAGAGUUGAGAAAAAUGAGGGAGGUUUUUGGGUUUUGAAGGAAAAGUUCAGGCAAGGUAUCAAUCCUCAAGAGAAAGUUAAGAUUGAGAAGGAGCCCAUGAAGUUGUUCAUGGAGAAUGGGAUUGAAGAGCUUGCUAAUAUGUCACUUGAGGAAAUUGAAAAGUCCAAGCUUACUAAGGAUGAUAUUGAUGUUAGGCUCAAGUGGCUUGGUCUCUUCCACAGAAGGAAGCAUCAAUAUGGUCGAUUCAUGAUGAGGCUGAAGCUUCCUAAUGGAGUGACUUCCAGUGCGCAAACUCGAUACCUUGCAAGUGUGAUAAAAAAGUAUGGACAGGACGGAUGUGCUGAUGUUACCACUAGGCAGAAUUGGCAGAUUCGAGGCGUUGUGCUGCCUGAUGUGCCAGAGAUUCUCAAAGGACUUGAAGAAGUUGGCUUGACAAGCCUACAAAGUGGAAUGGACAAUGUGAGGAAUCCCGUUGGGAAUCCUCUUGCAGGAAUUGAUCCUGAAGAAAUUAUUGAUACAAGGCCUUACACCAACUUGCUGUCUCAAUAUAUUACUGCGAAUGCACGUGGAAAUCCAGAAUUCACUAACUUGCCAAGGAAGUGGAAUGUGUGCGUCAUAGGUACUCAUGAUCUUUAUGAGCAUCCUCACAUAAACGAUCUCGCUUACAUUCCAGCCAUGAAAGAUGGAAAACUUGGAUUCAAUUUGCUGGUUGGUGGGUUCUUUAGUCCCAAAAGAUGUGCAGAAGCAGUACCUCUUGAUGCAUGGGUUCCAGCAGAUGACAUAUUACCCGUGUGUAAAGCCAUACUGGAAGCUUUCAGAGAUCUUGGUACCAGAGGUAACAGGCAGAAGUGUCGGAUGAUGUGGUUGAUCGAUGAACUGGGGAUAGAGGGCUUCAGGUCUGAGGUUGUUAAGAGGAUGCCUCAACAAGAGCUCGAGAGAGCAGCUUCAGAAGAUUUGAUUAUAAAACAAUGGGAGAGAAGAGAGUAUCUUGGUGUCCACCCCCAGAAACAGGAAGGAUACAGCUUUGUCGGUCUUCACGUUCCAGUAGGCCGUUUGCAAGCCGAUGAGAUGGAAGAGCUUGCUCGGAUUGCUGAUGAGUACGGAUCAGGAGAACUCCGCCUGACUGUUGAGCAGAAUAUCAUUAUUCCAAACAUCGAGAACUCAAAGAUCGAGGCAUUGCUUAAUGAAGAUCUUCUGAGGAACAGGUUUUCUCCAGAACCUCCUAUUCUGAUGAGAGGUUUAGUUGCUUGUACUGGAAAUCAGUUCUGUGGGCAGGCAAUAAUAGAGACUAAAGCUCGUGCACUGAAAGUCACAGAGGAGGUUCAACGGCGAGUUUCCAUCACUCGUCCAGUAAGAAUGCACUGGACUGGCUGCCCAAAUACCUGUGGUCAAGUUCAAGUUGCAGACAUUGGAUUUAUGGGAUGCAUGACAAGAGAUAAAAAUGGGAAAGUUGUUGAAGGUGCAGAUGUUUUCUUGGGAGGGCGCAUCGGCAGUGAUUCACACUUGGGAGAUGUUUACAAGAAAGCAGUACCUUGUGAUGACUUGGUACCUUUAGUUGUAGACCUCUUGGUGAAGAAUUUUGGUGCCGUUCCUCGGGAGGCUGAAGAGGCAGAAGAAUAG